AUGAUCCGAGCUGUGAUUCGUACAAAUAUCACGCGCCGAGCAUCCAUAAAAGCAUUGUUUCGUUUAUCGUCCGAUCAGUGUCAGUCGAAGGGACUCUGGCGUGGCUGUGCUGAUCGAUUGAUGACGAAGAAUAAUCAGAAAAAAGACGAACUGGAAGAAUUUUUGCCAAGCGCAUGGAUGAGGAAAAACGAAGUGAAAUAUUCCUGUGUUUGGUUCUAA